AUGGCCAGGAACCCACUGUGUAUAAAUCCCGCACUUGACCGACCUGUUUUUGAUCCGGUUCUCUCUUCCAUCCUACUCGCAAUGUCAGAUCUGGUGUAUUGCAAAGGUAAUCAUCUCGAACCAGAAAUGUGCUAUUGCGAAGAGUACUCCGCACCCACAAAUGUUCCUAUUGGCCAAAGAGAGCUUUGCACCGAAUGUUUGCACGGGAAGAGCAAACAUCCUCGACCUCAACAGCCUGCACCAGUGGCCGAGCCAUUGGUGCCUCCUGCACUGCCAGUGAAUCCAGGUGGUCCGAAGCCAUCCAAACCAGCAGCUGCCACACCAAAGGAACGAGCUGGAGUGACAGCGAUAUACAAGCAAUCACUUGCCCGACGUGCUGGGCAAGGCCCAGAACUCAAAUUUAAGGUGUCAACUGACAGUCGGAAGACAGUCGCAGCCACGAGAAGUGAAGUCAUGUCAGGAUUCCGCCCAACUAUAAAGCGGAAAGUCACAGGGGGCAGGGUUGUAUCUUCAAGACGGGCCACUGGCAGCAGCUCAUUGAAGCAACAACAGGUCCAGAUUCAAGUUGGCGCUGUCGCUGUCUUGAUCAAUUACCUCGAUGACAAAGGACAAUUGAUGAGCAGGGUCCCACCUGUGAAGACAGAGGUGUCAAAACUCAAGCGAAGGGGAUGUGCUCACUUUGACGAAGACGAGCCUGAGGAUGUUACAGCGAACUACACUGUCCCCUCUGCCACCCCUGCCUGCCUUGCGAAGGCAGCGACACGUACCCGAACCCAGAGACCUCGGAGACCAUAG